AUGAGGUCAUUUCAUGAAUCAGAGAUUAGGGGCUUUCUUCUUCGUAUGAGAUCUUUCGUCAGAUGUUUCGGAAGCAUAAGAAGAAUGAUCAGUUUCGGUCAGUCACUUCAGAGUGCUCUUCACACUCAAGUGUGCAGUUCCGCCCCCUUCUCCCAUGCUGAGUCACAGCAGGCAGCGCCUCGGAAAGCACGGACGAGCCACAUGCAGGGAAACUUGCACGUGUGGUUCUGGCCGGGGACCCCGAAACUAAUCGAGCUCCCCUUUGAUCUCCCAGAAGCGGAAGCUGAAUCAGUUGCAGGCUAUAAUGUAGAAUAUGCGCGGGAUGCGAUCCUUAAUAGUCCACUGUUGGCGGAAGCCAAUGUCCCGGGGUCCCGGGGACUCAUUCUGACUGAAACAAGGGGUGGGUCUUUACCAAUUCGCGAUUUCAGCCAAAAAAG